AUGUCCGACAAAUUAAAGAAUCCUGACGAAGUGGAAGAUGUGGAUAUGGAGGGAGGAGAUUCAACCACUGAGAAGAAGCUACAGCCACAAUCACUAGACCACAGUUUUGGUAGCGAGCCAGUAUCUACAAUAGAGAUCAUUCCCACAGGAAAAUUUACUAAGUACAGGGAACAAGGUUUCAAAGCGAAAGAUACAGAUUUACAUGGCACACAGAUGGAGUCUGCAUUCGAGCAGGAGUUAUCCAUGAUGGAACAUGAUGCUGCAACCGCUGAUGAACAGGAUACUUCUAAAUAUGGUCGUAUUGUUCUACCAGGAGACUUCUCUUCAGCAACUCAUGAUAUUUCGUUUCAACAGAUUGACGCCGAACAGAGUAUCUUGAACGGUGGAUUUAAGGAUAAUAAUACCUCUACAGUUGUGAGAUUUUUUGGUGUCACCAGUGAAGGUUAUUCUGUGCUUUGUAAUGUGACCGGAUUUAAACAUUACUUAUACGUCCCACAACCAAAUUCAGAUGAUGCUAAGGAUCCACAACAACGAGAAAGGUUUUUGAACUACCUUAAUGAAAUGUUCGAUAACGGUGUAGACUCCAUAGAAGUGGUAGAGAAACAAUCUAUAUGGGGAUAUUCAGGGGACGGGAAGCUGCCGUUCUGGAAGGUAUUAGUUACAUACCCUUCUUUGAUUAAUAAGUUAAGAACAGGGUUCGAGAAGGGACAUUACACUUAUAACUCUUGGUUUUCCAAUGGAACUACCACAUACGACAAUAUCGCAUAUCCUUUGAGAUUGAUGGUCGAUUGUGGAAUUGUCGGGAUGUCCUGGAUAACUUUGCCCAAGGGGAAGUAUACUUUGAUUCCAGAUAACAAAAAAUUAUCAACAUGUCAACUGGAACUAACAAUUAAUUAUAAGGAUUUGGUAGCUCAUCCUGCUGAAGGUGAUUGGUCUCAUAUGGCUCCUCUAAGAAUCUUGUCAUUUGAUAUUGAAUGUGCAGGUAGAAUUGGUGUGUUUCCUGAACCGGAGGAAGAUCCGGUUAUCCAAAUUGCCAAUGUUGUUAGUGUAGCUGGUGCCAAGAAACCAUUCAUUAGAAACGUCUUUACCGUAAAUUCAUGCUCCCCAAUUACAGGUUCGCAAGUAUUUGCACAUGAUAAAGAGGAAGAUAUGCUUCGUCAUUGGCGUCAAUUUAUCUUGGAAGCUGAUCCAGAUGUUAUAAUCGGGUACAACACAACUAAUUUCGAUUUGCCAUAUUUAAUUAACCGUGCCAGGGCUCUGAAAGUAGAAGAAUUCCCCUUUUUUGGUAGACUGAAAACCGUCAAGCAAGAGAUCAAGGACACAAUUUUCUCCUCGAAGGCAUAUGGUACCAGAGAAUCUAAAAAUAUCAACAUCGACGGAAGAUUACAAUUAGAUUUGCUGCAAUUUGCACAACGUGAGUAUAAAUUAAGAUCAUAUACACUGAAUGCCGUUUCAGCUCACUUCCUUGGUGAACAAAAGGAGGACGUUCAUUACAGUAUAAUUACCGACUUGCAAAAUGGAGACAGUGAGACUAGAAGAAGAUUGGCUGUUUAUUGUUUGAAGGAUGCAUACUUACCUCUUCGAUUGCUGGAGAAGUUAAUGGGUUUAGUCAAUUAUACAGAAAUGGCUCGUGUCACAGGUGUCCCAUUUUCUUAUCUUUUAUCCAGAGGCCAACAGAUUAAAGUUGUUUCUCAAUUAUUCAGAAAAUGUAUCCAAAUUGAUACUGUGAUACCUAAUAUGUCGUCACAGGCGUCUGAUGAACAAUACGAAGGUGCUACUGUUAUAGAACCUAUACGUGGUUAUUACGAUGUCCCAAUUGCAACCUUGGAUUUCAAUUCCUUAUAUCCAAGUAUUAUGAUGGCUCAUAAUCUAUGUUAUACAACACUAUGUAAUAAAGCUACGGUAGAAAGACUAAAAUUGACAAAGGAUGAAGAUUAUGUGAUAACACCGAAUGGAGAUUACUUUGUUACAAGUAAGAUUAGACGUGGUAUUUUACCAAUCAUUCUUGAUGAGUUAAUUAACGCCAGAAAACGUGCCAAGAAGGACUUGAAGAAUGAAAAAGAUCCUUUUAAGAGAGAUGUUCUUAAUGGUAGACAAUUAGCAUUAAAAAUCUCUGCAAAUUCUGUUUAUGGUUUCACAGGUGCCACAGUAGGUAAAUUACCAUGCCUGGCGAUUUCUUCCAGUGUUACAUCAUUUGGUCGUGAAAUGAUUAUGUUGACAAAAAAUGCCGUUCAGGACAAGUACUCAAAGGCAAAUGGAUACGAGAAUGAUGCUAUUGUUGUUUAUGGUGAUACAGAUUCUGUUAUGGUUAAGUUUGGUACCAAUGACUUGAAAGAAGCGAUGGCGUUGGGAACAGAAGCAGCUGCUUAUGUCUCAACACUUUUCAAAAAUCCAAUCAAUUUAGAAUUCGAAAAGGCGUACUUUCCAUAUUUAUUAAUCAAUAAAAAGAGAUAUGCUGGUUUAUAUUGGACGAAUCCAGAUAAGUAUGACAAAUUAGACCAAAAGGGGUUGGCGUCGGUUCGUCGUGAUUCCUGUUCAUUGGUGUCCAUUGUGAUGAACAAAGUUCUUAAGAAAAUACUGAUUGAAAGAAAUGUCAAUGGUGCUCUAGAAUUUGUCAAAAAAACUAUUGAUGAUAUUUUACAUAAUAGAGUUGAUAUUUCCAAGUUAAUUAUAUCCAAAACGCUUGCUCCAAACUAUGUGAACCCGCAACCGCAUGCUGUUCUUUCAGAGCGUAUGAAGAAAAGAGAUGGUAUGGGACCCAAUGUUGGUGAUCGUGUUGAUUAUGUUAUAACUGGUGGUAACGAUAAACUUUACAACAGAGCUGAAGAUCCACUAUACGUUUUAGAGCAUAACAUCCAAAUUGACUCCAAAUAUUAUUUAACAAAUCAAUUACAGAAUCCAAUAAUUAGUAUUAUUGCUCCAAUCAUUGGUGAAAAACAGGCAAACUCUAUGUUUGUUGUCAAAUCUAUUAAAAUUAGUACUGGAGAAACAAAAGGUGGGUUGAUGGGUUUUGUGAAGAAAGUUGCAUCAUGUAAAGGUUGUAGGGGGCCUCUAAAAAAGGGUGAGGGUCCAUUAUGUGCUAAUUGUCAAUCGAGAUCCGGUGAAUUGUAUAUAAAAGCACUAUACGACAUUAGAGACCUUGAAGAGAAAUAUGCUAGAUUGUGGACGGAAUGUCAACGUUGCGCAGGAACUUUGCAUAAUGAAGUUUUAUGUUCAAAUAAGAAUUGUGACAUCUUUUACAUGCGUGUUAAGGUGAAAAAGGAACUACAGGAGAAGAUGGAGCAAAUGAGUAAAUGGUAA